AUGGAAGCUCGUGUCAUCUCUGCGAUCUUGGAACCUGAAUCUUGUGCGUGGUGCACAGCUUUGGUAUGGCUCGAGGUCCUGGUCAAGCGCCCAGUCAAUGAAGUCGAGGGAAAGGGGGGCAAUUGGGGGUUAGUUCCCUUCUCCUUGCUUCAGAGAAUUUCCAGAGGGCUGGAGAACCGGGAGACCCUGAACGACGGCUUCCCAGAAACCCAAGCGACUUGGUGUAGAGAGCAGGGGAUUACACAUGCCUCGGCGGAACUGAAAACAAAAUUGCGGUUAUCCAAAGCUGAGGUGGGACUUUGGAGUCUGGACAAGGAAGCAUCCAUACUCGAUACUGUGAGAAUGGAAGGGCUGGAACUUGCAAGCGAGUCGCGACUGCUCUUGCUGAGUGACAACGGCGAUGGCGACGGUGACGGUGAAGGUGGACGGACGACCGUGGCACGGCCUCAGCCGGAAGUGGCCGCUGGGAAGCGGUCGUGUCUGCCCUGCCGUCCACGUCUGAUUGGACCAGAUCGUCAUCCUGUUGCUCCUGCUCAAGUGUGUACCUCCCUCAGUCCUGUGUACCACUGCGGCACCUCACCUUCCAUGAAGCAGGCACCUUCAACUUUGGUAUGUUCGUACCACUUGCCUGCGCAGCACAACCUGAUUGAAUAUACCUCAGGCAGAACUCCUGUCAGCUGA